AUGGAAACACAAACGGACACUCGUCCUCAGAAAAAUACCCUUGGGCUGCCAAUGGUGGCCGCGGAAUGCGCUUAUGCGCCUUGGCUUAAGACAAACAAGACAAUCACGCCUCAAGAAGGCUCCGAGAUGCUUCUGGUGCAGCUGAUGGAUAUGCGGGACCACGAUGAAGGCAGCAAACCUGCCAGGAUGACAAAAAAGGUUGUGUAUUUUGGAGAUAAUUCGAUUUGGUCUUAUAGCCUCCAAAACGCUCGGAACACCAAGUCAAGAUGUCCUGCAAGUCCACAGUCUCUCAGCGCACAAUCGGUGGACAGCAAUAUCCACUACAAAGUGCCUGAGACACUGGAAUCUCAGCCUCAAGAUGUUCCAGAGGACGAUCUCGGUUUGACGCAGGAGGAGAAUCAUUUACUGCAAAAGAAAGGGGCUUUCUGUCUGCCACCUCUCAACAUUCAAAAGAAACUCCUCGACGCAUAUUUUUCAUGGUUGUAUCCAUUACAGCCUAUCCUCGAUAAGGAACAGUUUCUUUGCGAUUUUCGAUCUGGUCAAGUACCUAUCAUUCUUCUUCAAGCACUGCUGUUUGCCGCCACGACCUGCUGCGACGAGAGUGUUAUCUUAGAAUAUUGGCCAAGUCGCCGAUCUGCUCAAGCAGCUUUGCAUAAGCGGGUCAGGGCUCUUUAUGAUGCGGAUCAUGAACAAAACCGUGUUACUAUAGUUCAAGUUCUCUUUCUGAUGUGCUUCUGGUGGGGCAGUCCUACGGACAACAAAGACUUCAGCCACUGGCUGGCGGCAUCUAUACAUCUAGCGCAAAUGAUGGGCAUGCACCGAUCGUAUGAUCAGAUCCACGGGUUGACGAAGUGUAUACUGACAUCCCAUAGCACGAAGCACUCUCACUUGUCCAUCAAAGACAGGAAACUGUGGAAACGCAUCUGGUGGACUUUAUAUGUUCGGGAUCAUUUCGACGCUGCGUCAGUUGGGCGGCCUAUGAUGAUCAACGACGACGACUGUGAUAUCGAACCGUUGCGAGAGACCGAUUUCGAACUUGGAACGGACGGCAAGCCACUAUCAGGGGCUGGCUACUGCAUUGAAAUGGCGAAACUAGCCACUCUUAGUAUGUCGCCGCUUCUCUUACACUAA